AUGGAGAGAGGAAAUCAUACCCCAAACAGCAACUUUGUGCUCCAGGGGUUUGCAGAGGAAGGAGCCCUGCGGCAUCUGCUCUUUGGGCUGUUUCUGUCCAUGUACCUGGUCACGCUCUUGGGGAACCUGCUCAUCAUCCUGGCCAUCCUCUCAGAUUCUCGCCUCCACACAGCCAUGUACUUCUUCCUCUCCCACCUGUCCUUUGCUGAUUGCUGCUUCACCUCCACCACCAUCCCUAAGACGCUGGUGGCCCUCCACACACAGAGCAAAGUCAUCACCUAUGCAGGGUGCCUCAGCCAGAUCUUUUUUUUCAUUGUGUUUGGAUGCCUGGAUAAUUUGUUCCUGACUGUGAUGGCCUAUGACCGCUUCGUGGCCAUCUGCCACCCCCUGCACUACACAGCCAUCAUGAACCCCCUGCUCUGUGGGCUGCUGGCUCUGGGGUCCUGGGGCAUCAGUGUCCUUGGCUCCCUGCUGGAGACCCUAACCCUUCUGAGGCUGUCCUUCUGUACAAACAGGGAGGUCCCCCACUUUUUCUGUGACCUCUCUACGGUCCUGAAACUUGCCUGUUCAGAUACCCUCCUCAAUAACAUAGUGGUGUACUUUGUGACUGUCAUCCUGGCAGUUGUUCCUCUCUCUGGGAUCCUCUUCUCCUACUCCCAGAUUUUCUCCUCCAUCCUGAAAAUCUCAUCAGCUGGAGGCAAGUACAAAGCCUUCUCCACCUGCGGGUCUCACCUCUCAGUUGUCUCCUUGUUCUAUGGCACAGGUCUGGGGGUCUACCUCAGCUCGGCAGCUACUUCAUCCUCCAGGGCGAGUCAGGUGGCCUCAGUGAUGUACACUGUGGUCACUCCCAUGCUGAACCCCUUCAUCUACAGCCUAAGGAACAGGGACAUGAAAGGGGCCCUGCAGAGACUCCUCAGCAGAGUGGUGCCACUCAGAGGUGAGAACAUCCCGGGCUGCUGGUGA